AUUUGGAUCGUUAAGGAAGGACUUCACAUUUCACAUUAUUCAAUAAAAGGAUAAAUAUAAUCAUAUAGAUUCAGCUGUGUACUCGUGUAUUGGCAGUUGCGUGCCUGGUUGGCUCGAUCCGCUUGGCUCUAUUUUCCCGUUGUCUCGGGAUGUAAAUGACUGAUUUCUCUUGAGCUGAAGAUAAUGUGCGAAGUCUGGGAGGAUAAUACGGCAUGGUCUCUAAGAGUGUCCCGGGCCCUAGAUGACAUCGGGGUCACCAGACGCAUGGUCGCCAGGAGGAGGAGGAUGUGGCUAAGACAAGAGGCAGUCAUAACAGUUUCGUGUACAUUAAUGGGUCUUGAUGUGAAAACGUAUCAUUUUGGAAGUCAGAGCGAAGGAACUACUACUCUAGGAAUGCUCUCUGAUGUUGAUAUGUUAUACAGUAAAACAGAUUUUCCAGUAUUGUUACACUGGAGUGAGUGGCAAUAUGGAAAGUUUAAUUUACUUGUAAAACAGAAUGAGGAGUCCCCACCCCAACACUGUAACCUCCAGAGACUGAGGCCGGACCGCCCUCUGCCAAUGACAGUUUGUGGUACUGAAGAUGUGAUUGAUGGAGAGGGCAAUGUUUUCGUGCGAAACGAUGAAGGCGAUAAUUUAUUUCAAAUCCUAGCUGGAAUGGAUAUGGUAUCACAUGGGCCGUCAAGAAGUCUUUCUGACAAAGUUGACUCAGUUGCUGCAUAUCAGUGUGCUAUGUUACCAGCAGAGUGUCAGUUCCUCUUUUAUAGACCCCGCCCUGGACAUUGGCCGACAUCUGACAUGUUGGUACAGGCAAGUCAGUGUCCAGUAUUUCUUGUGCAGCAAGGAUACCCGAACAGUCCUUAUCAUCAGCGGUUACUGGAAUGGAGAUUUUCUACAUCUCUCAUGGAACGGGUACUUGUAUUUAGUUUCGAUAUAAAUCAAGUCAAAGUGUAUGUGUUGUUAAAAAUGAUAAGAAAAUCAUUUCUAAAACAGUUUGUAGGAGACAAUCUCAGCACAUUUCACCUUAAGACAGCCAUGAUGUUCACCAUAGAGAGCUACCCACCAGAAAUAUGGAUGGAGGAAAACAUUGUACAGUGCGCCCUCUACUGCCUGAUCACACUGUUUAGGUGGCUAAAACUAGGUUACUGUCCACAUUUCACCAUCUCUGGGGUGAACCUGUUUGUGGGAAAAUUGGGAAGACCUGAACAACACACCCUGCUGUCAGUUGUUGCUGACAUCAUGUGUGAAAACCUCAGUUGUCUAACCUUGAUACAAAUGGAUGAAUUAGGGACCAGAUUGCAGCCGGUUACACGAGCAUUUCCAUGUAAAUCACGAUAUGAGAUAAACAUGGAUAUAUGUAGAUGGACGAAUACAUGUAUGCAAAUUCGGUCUGCCAUUGAGUAUUUGUUCUUGGUAUGUUUAAAGGAAAACAUAACAUUGAACACUCUUUACAAUUAUAUUAAUCAACUCAACAUUCUUAACGACAUCCACAGUGAACCGAGCUUUGAGAAAGAAGCAUCAACAAUUUUUUCAUGGUUUGUUGCAAACACGUUAGCAUCUGCCCUGGCUUCUGAGAAGUUACGCCUAAAUCAGCCAAUUACAGGCGAUAUAAUGCAGCUGUACUCUCUGUCCUUUGAAUCUGACUUGCUGUCCAGCAGACUGAAGUUUGCCUCAAUGUUAUACUGCAGCGGGCAGUAUGAGGCAGCAGCUGCCGUGCUACGUUACUGUGACGGACUGUUGGGGCCGCAUGUAUUGCAGCACUGUGACUGUGGGAGAGGACACGAACCUAGUCAGUCAUUUCUGGAGAAAUGUCUAGAAACUGAAAAUGACCUUGAAUUUCAUAAAAAAUCAGUUGCAAGUUGUGUAAUAUUCACACACCUGGAAGAAUGGGUUGUGCCUGACCACCUUUUGUAUGAAAUGUACAGAACGAUAACACUUGAAGAUGCUCUUAUAAUGGAUGAUUUAGAACGGAUGUGGAUGAAAUACGUGGUAAUUGACUGCAUACCAUUUCUCUACUACCUUCAGUACCUUACGAACAGGGAACUUGACCAACCUGUCAGGAAAAACACAGCACUACAGAACCUAAAUAACUACCUCUUUAGACCUGGAGGUGUGGGUGGACAUGUUGAGACAGUGUGUAAUGUUCUGGGACACUGCUGUGAGCUUGAAAACAUGCAAGAUGUUGCUUGGCUCUGCUACAGUGAGUCUUUACGCAACCAUCCCAGAAACAAUGCUGCCAACUGGCAUAUAAUGAGAUUGUUAAACCAUCAGGCGAGGCAGUGAUAGUGAUAGGCAACACAUUGUUAAAAAUCAGAAGCACUAUUAUGAUUGUUGUGUUAGAUUUAUUAACAUGUUUAAAAUGAUACUUUUCAAUAAUAUAGAAGAACACGUAUUUCUAUCACAAUAACUUAUCGAUGAAUAUGUGUUAUUUCUAUCUGUCAGAUUACCAUACUAAGUUUGAUUAUUAUUAAAAUAUCAAAGUC